ACUUAGGGCCUGAAGUCAACUCAGGAUGAUCACAAUGGACAUAAAUAAAUAGCUGGUGGGUAUCUGGGUCAUGGAAAUAGAAGAAAACACUACAAGAGAGUGUUACAAAUAUAGCAGCUGAAACUUGAGAUAACUGGGUGGAACAGGGUAAUCAGUCGCAUCUGUUUUCAAGGCUGAUUUUUUAAGUUGUAAAAGCACUUCACAUUUAACUUGGCUGUGAGAGGGCAGUGAAGUUUUUAUGAUGUUCCAGGGUAUAUAUACCUACCUACUAGAGGAGAAUCCAGUGGGGCUGAGAGAAAAUGGAGUACCUGAGACGACUCUCAAAUCUGACGCUACAGUAUCUCCCCACUUUUCUUUAUAACACAGAAAAUAUGUCCACCUCUUCAGAGGAGCCCUCACAAUUCUGGUACAAAAAGAUGAAAACCUUUUAUCGAAGAGCAGACAAACACAGUCACGGAUACAUCACUUUUGAAGAGUACAUCAAAAUAGCGGAUUACUUUGAAAAGACAGGACAGCUCAGUCCCGUCAAAGCACAACACCUGCGACGUGCUCUCGCACACACGUGGCAGCACUGCUGGUGCCAUGGAACCACGUGCGACCAAGUAAUGGAGGAGGAAUUCAUAUCCAACAUGGCAGAAUUUGUGAAGGGCGAUAGGAGAGAAAUAGUAACACUGGCCAUGCCUUACAUAUAUGAAGCUAUUGAUCUGAAUAAAAAUGGUGAGAUUUCUGUGGAGGAGUACAGGACGUUUUUGUCAGGUCAUGGUAUUGACACAACCCAUGCUGAUGCUGCAUUUGCUGCCAUGGAUACAAACAAUGAUAAUGUGAUCAGUAAAGAAGAGUUCCUUCAUGCAGCAGAGGAGUUUUUUCUUUCAAAUGAAGAAGGAGGAGUCAACAGUCAUUGUUUCUGGGGGGCUCUUAUAGAUUAAACCAAUGCUUUUACCAUCAGUGAUGAACUCAAAGUGUAAGGUACAAUGUAUUUACCUUACUGAAAAAAUGGCACUUGUGACUUAUUGUCUUUCUCUUAUAAUACUUAAAUACCUUU